GCGAAUCCGAACGGACGAAACAACAAGAGGGGAAUUUGCUGUUUUUCCCGAGCUUUGUCACCUUGCCGCGUUUAGUUUCUACUUGCCAAACCACCCUGUACUGAAGGUUACUCAAAAGGUGCUGCGUAGCAUAUUUCAAUGUUGCAUGCAUACAUGUUAUUGGUGUUCAUUUUGUAAUGUACUGAAAUGAGUAGCCAUGAAGGAAAGGAUAGAGACAAACAGAAGGGAAGUAUCGUCCGCAGGGGCUUCCGAAGUCUCAGUUUCCGCAAAUCAAAAAAAAAGACAAAAUCAACAGCAAACGACUGCGUAGAUGGUAGACAUUCCAGACAUCGCCAUUCUGCAUCAGAGCUGACCAAUAACAACAAUAGCUCCGGCAGUGCAUCCAUGCAUUCAGGCAUAGCCCUCCUUCCCUUUAAUGCUAUUCUUCCCUGUGACCUCACCUUCAAAGCUGGAGACCGUAUCGACAUUCUGACGCAAACCGAGAAUUGUUACGACUGGUGGGAAGGUAGGCUUAACGGCAGGACAGGGAUCUUUCCCGCGAAUUACAUCAAAGUUUUGCAUGAAAGGCAAAGUAUGACAUAGCCUUGAAGUAAUUACAAAGAGUAAACACUGCCUUUAAAGGCAAAGUAUUACCCUUGGUUUUUGAACCGUUCAAUUGAUUUAAUCCUACGAUAUAAGUUAUCACAUAUGGGACGCAUAUUUAUCUUCCAGUCUCACUUGCAACGCGCAAAAUAUGAAAUUUCAGAGCGAUAUUUCACGCGCACAAAGUUUAGA